CACUUUGCCUUUUUGGCCUGAUGACAACGACGCUGACAGCGGUGUAUCUAAGGUACCGAGGUGGGCGAUUAUUUGUCACCCUGCAAACGCAGUGUCUGUCAUAUUCUGGGGCAGCGUCAAAUGGGCGUCAAAACUUGGAUCAGAAUAAAUACCUCAUGGCGCCCAAACGAUGACGACGUGUUCCUGGUUCCUGGUUUGGUGCACAAGGUCGCCGUCCGGCUGUCGUAAAAGUGACAGGUAUAUAAGGAACGGUGUCUUCCGCGCUGUAUAUCGUCCAUUCAUCUCUUCAGCCAUGCGAUUCGCUCUCACCACCUCUGUUCUUCUGCUCGCCACUGCCGUCGCUGUCUCCAGCGCGCCCGUCAAAGAGCAACAGAGGCGUGGCACCAACGACUUUGGCAUCUUUGCCGCCACCUAUACCCAGUGCUUUGGGGGCGGCCUCACCCCGGGGCCAGGCUGCACGUCGUGGACCGACUACACGGUAGCUCCGCUCGACUUUAACGGAUGCGGCAGUGAUGGCCGUGCCGGGUACGACGGCAAUGAAAAAGCGCCUCAGCAUCUUCCGUCGGGCUUCAACGGCAUCCAAGGCGAGAUCACGCUCGUCAAGUACAACGAUGUCGAGCCAAAGCUCGGCGCCACCCAGGGCGCCGUCUACGUCAACGGCCAGCCCAAGGGAACCUGCACAUACGAGAACGGAGGAGACAAGCACUGCAGCGGCGAGAUGGUCGACUACUUUAUGAAGGUCAAGUGCGAAGUCACACCUUAGUCUGGUGUACUACUGCCUAGAGCGUCCGUAUUCUAUUCACCUGCUGAACAUGUCUUCAUACAUUGCCUGCGAACAUCCAUGACC